CGAGGGGACGGUUGUGCUGCGCGUUUUUUUUAAUUUCGCGUGAUCGCUUCCGAUAAAAAACAUUCGGAAUUCAAAUAUACUUUUUUUUGUUUUUUCGCGAAAGUGUGGUGAUUGCUUGAGUGCGUAAACCGUUAAUGUGUGUGUGUUGAAGUGCAUUUUGGAAUGUUGCAAACCUCUCAGGUAGCGGGUGAAGUGAGCGGUCUCUGAACGACCUAGUGCCAGUGAAGUGUCAGUGAUGUGCGAAUAGCGAUGCGCGCGCGCCGGCGCGUGACUUGACGUCAGAAUCCAAGAUGGCGGACACCAGUCCCGCCACCUCGAUCAUCGAGGGCACCGUCAAGUUCAGAGACGGGAAGAAGUGGAAAUCAAGAUGGUGUGUGAUGCGGAAGCUAUCUCCAGUAGCAGACUGCGUCCACCUGCAGCUCUACAAAGACCUGAAAGAACGCCAGAAAAACGGACAGACCAAAGCCUCCCUGUCUCUCCAACAGUACCUUGGCUUCGAAGCUGGCUUCACGCUGGACAAGGAGUCCAACACCCUGGCUAUACUGUGCGAAGAUGUGGUUCCUGUGCUGGCGUUUGAUACCCGAGAGAUACUGAUACAGUGGAGAGUCAAGGUCCAGCACAACCUGGGCAGCAGCAAAGAGUUCGCGGCCGUCAUAAUCCAAGCCCCCAACUCGUUAAAACCGGGUCCGUGCAGACUGCACGCCUGUGGACCAAGGCUGGCACUGUGUGCCAACCGGCCCCCUGAGGUGUUAGCGCUGUGGGACGUCAAACUGUUAAGACGUUUCGGCAUCGUCGACAAGCGGUUCUGCGUAGAAGGAGGCUCCCGGUGCGGCAAGGGGGAGGGGCUAUUCGUCUUCGCGGCGGAGGGGGGAAGAGAGUUGACAGACUUACUAAAUAUGUACAGUCAUGAUGCGCAGUCUAGGCUGAGCGUGGCGUCUAGGUCUGGAUCAGUUCUAGAAAAGCGCUACUCAGACACAUCAAGCAUGGACGACGGGUUCCCCUCCCUCCGCUCCGUGUCUCCCUGGGCCCCGACCAGCCAAACUAUGCACUGUAUAUCAGAUCUGGAUUCCAGUAUGGAAGAGGAUAAAUUUAGGAGGCCUACGUCGUUGCCCAGGUGUUCUAGCUGCAUUGGGAAGAUCAGUCAUCUUACCAGAUCAUCCGUGGGCACGCCAGGAUCCAUGAUGUCUCCCGUCUGGACCAUGGGUAGCAUCGUGGAGAAGCGGUCAGAUUGCGAUCGAGCCUCCAUCUACUCACGAUCAAGCGGCAGUGCCUCAGAAUACAACACAGAAUCCAAGCGCGGCAGCCCCGUCUGCUGCCCCAGCAUCCCCGCGAAGACGGGCGCCUGCCCCUGCUGGCAGCCCAAACCCUGCUGCUGCAGGAAAUUCAGCGGGCCCUACGAGAACUACGACGUGCCAAAGACCCCCAUGCCUCUUAUACAGGAACACCCUAUCAACGAAGGAGACACAAAGAGCUUAUACGACACACCAAAGAAACUAAAAUGCCUUCUCAACCAAACGUGCAAUUGUAGCGAAGCCAAAAACCAAGAAAAUGUACAUAACGAGUCGCAUUCGAACUACGUCAAUGUGACACCAGUGCCCGAGAAACCUGCUAGAGUUCAUAACUGCAAUUACGCAAAUGUAGACCUCUCAGCUACGCUGGAGAAGUUUGAAAGUUCUUUGCAAAUUUUAAGAAGCGCUGGCUUCAGUCAAGAAGAAUUAGACGCUUUAGAAGAUAUACCGGAGAAUGAUGACGAUAUAUCAACAGCCACGACCAAUACCGUCCACCCUUCAGCAGAAUGCUGCAACGAUCAUUCAAAUUACAUGCCUUUGGAGCCGCUUGAGAUAAGCAGUUCAAGUAACAGUAACAAAAACUGCUCAGAUAACAUUAGCAGGAUCAGUCAUGUCUCUGACCCAACGCAGCAUUCAGAAUCAGACACGAUCAGCACAAGACGUUCAAGCUCGGCAGACUUCACCAAAAGGCAUUACGACGACUUCCAAUGCUUCACACCAACAGUGUUGAGGAAAGCGCGGAAGAACGAAUGCAUCAAUGAAGGCAUCCCAAUCAUCAAUGAACCAGAACCGCCUAAAGAAGUCAAAGUCCCUGAGAAAAGUGAAACCACCUUCGUUACAAGGUUUAGAGACGCUGUUAAAAUUAGAAGGUCAUCCAGCGUGCCUAGUAAAUCGGAUAAGAACAGAGAUUCUUCAUCCUCAAACGAUUCUGGCGUUUCAACAGGCUCUCUAAAACACCACAAAGGCGACUUCGAGUUCGAGAUGCCGGUGACCAAUGGAAAGAGCUCUAAGAAGUAUUUCAAGAGUAACAAGCCAAUCAGGAGAGCGCUGACGCCGGUCCACGGGCCCUUUGUGAAGUCCAACUCGUCGGAUCCGCUGAAGAACUUGACGUUUCACUUCGAGGAGGUCGCGACGAUGACCAAGUCGAAUUCUUGCGACGUGGAUACGCUGACGAGACGGAAGAAACGGAAUGUGGACACAGACAUGACAGCCCGCCACAGCCAGGUCACCAACAACACGUCCUCGGGCGCGUCUGACACGUCAGACUACAUGGAGUCCCUCUCCGUGUCCUCCUUCAGCUCCUGUGACGUCACUGCUGACCGCCAUGCUGCCAGACCGAGGUCUGGAAAGGAGUACGCUAGUAUAGACAGAGCUACGCUUGCUAGCGUCUGUGACGUCACUACUGCCUAAUGACUGACUUCAGAUUGGAUUAAGGCAUUAACAAGUUUUUGAAGGAUUAUUCUAUAUCCUUCUAGUUUUCCUUCAGUUCUUGUGACGUCACUGCAGAUGGCUACGAGGCUAGGCCAAGAUCUGGGAAGGAGUAUGCUAAUAUAGAUAGAGCUACGCUCGCUAGCGUGUGUGACGUCACUACUUCAAUACUCCUCGUCCUCGUGUUCUCCUUCAGUUCUUGUGACGUCACUGCAGAUAGCUACGACGCUAGGCCAAAAUCUGGGAAGGAAUAUGCUGGUAUAGACAGAGCUACGCUGGCUAUCGUUUGUGACGUCGCCACUGCCUAAUGACUGACUUCAAAUUUAAUGAUAAACACGACUAUAAGAAACCUUUUACAUUUACAUUUAAACAAUGUGAUGUGUAUGUUCAGAUCAUUUGAGCAAACACAGAAGAAAGUUUAUCACAUUUCGGAAAAACUGACUUUUUAAUUUUGUACAAUGUCCAAACUUUUAAUUGAACAUGUCAUGCUCAUGUCCAAAUAAAAGAUUAGUAAUUUGUAAUACUUUUCUACUGGAAAGAGAGUAAGGAACGGAAUAAAAUGAAAAAUUAAAUAUGUUAAGGACUAUUUCAUGUACUUCUGAUUAUUUGGCAGCUAAUUCUAUGAGACAUAAGUUUUAUACACGAGGACUUAACACAUGCUUUAUUCCAGUCUUAAAUUUCAAAAAUGAUAUUGAAAGUAAUGCAAAUUGUGAAGUGAAAUCUUUAGGCAUAGGUACUGUGGUCUUUCUAAAAUCAGUCCUCAGGAUUAUGAUGAUGAUUUUGUACUAUUAACCCUCAUUAGGGACAUAAUGAAGACUUUCUCAUUUGCUGACUUUGUACUUAUUUUAAGAUUAUUCAAGAUAAUCUAAAUUAUACCAAUGACCUUAAAACAUGGCGAACGGAAUUACAUGUAAAAAUGUUUCAAAACCAGUAAUUGAUCAGAAUUGUGGCUUAUAAUCUUUGCGACUUGUAAAUAUAACUUAGACUAACAUUAGUAGGUAUUUUUUCGUUCCUAUGUAAAUAGUUGUUAAGGUAUAUAAGUUAGGGAAUUAGAGGUAGCAAUGUUUCGUUAUUUACAUAGUAGAGUGCCAAAAGUCUUGUAGUAUCUUCGUAAAGGACAUUUGUAUGAUCACUUGAGAUAUUAUGCGUUUAAUGGUGCGCCCACACUGGCUGUUAUACAUGUUAUAUAACAUUGUCUGACAGGGACAGCGUAAUGUCAAUGCCAUCGCGCUGUUCCUGUCACAUAACGUUAUAUACCUAACAAUCCUAACAUGCAUAAAAGUCAGCGUGGGAGCAUCAUAAGUAACUCUCAAAAAGGGUUAGUAGUGAAAGUCGUUUAAGUGACAAAAUUUCUCGCGUGUUCUUUAACGAUAGAUGACAAAUUAUGUCAUGUCGCUAAACUUGUUGGUUGAUAAGAUAAUAGUCGGUAGAAGUGAAAUAAUGAGAAGGGCCUAAGGUCUUUAUGAUUAUGACUAUUUAUGAGUAUAAAUCAAAUUAAAGAAGACAUAAAAAUACUUGCCGCUAAAUAUUCAAUUUUUCGAUCACCGAUACGGAAAUAUUUAUUUUUGUGCAAAAAAAUAACGACAUAACUUACCUCGAAACAAUAUUUUUGGAACAAUUUGAAAUUGUUCUCUUGUACUUCGAAAAUGUAUUUUAAUUAGAGUUUUUUGGAAUUUUACUUAAUAUAAAACGUCGGUUAAGGUUUUUUGAUAAUUUUAGUACUUAAAUUAUUUGUGCCUUUACGUACAAUGUUUUAGACAUUUCAUUUAUUUGUGUUACCUUACAUUUAAUUUACGAAGUAGUGUUUUAAUGUAUACUUAGAAGUAGUAGUUUAAGUGUGGUGCAUAUUAAAAACUGUAUGCGAUUAUAUACAAAUGUUUAUUCAUUGUAUUAUAUCUUUUAUAAUGUUAAGUAUCGCCUCAUAAUCUAGAAGCAAUAGCCUGUGUACUUCCAUGAUAAAUGUAUAAUGUCCAUAUGCUAUAACAUAUAACAUAAUAUACAACAGUAAAAUACAUUUUGUACUACAAAAAAGCUUCGGAAACGGUUAUCCUGCCAAAUAAAAUUAAUCAAUAUUUAUGUAUUAUAUUUUUUGUAUGAAUGCAUACACUUUGCCAAUAUUUUAAAUAAAAUUUGGGCACUAUUCUUCUAAAUUGAAUGGAUAAAUAUACAUAUGACUUUCUUUUUGACAUAUCCAUCAGGGUUUGUCACAAUAGCAUGAAUGUGCACCUAAAAUGGAGGACAUAAUGCAAUUGAAGAAUAAUAAAAUUAUAAUCCGUGUUGAUAAUAAAGUCAUUUAGAAAACUAAAUGUUGGUACUUAGUAACAAAUAUGGCGGUAGUGAUAUACCCACGAUCCGAUAAAUAAUAAAAUAGAAUCUGUCAGAUCACACUGAAAUACAUAUUACAAUGGUGACUUAUCAUUCGCUAUUGUGGACAAACUAGAUGUACAUACAUGAUUCAACGAGACAAAACUGUAAGGAUGAAUCGGAACAAAUUGAAGUACUCAUCUCUGUCUCUUUUGUCUUAGUGCAUUAAGCUUUCUAUAAAUAAGGACAGAAUAAUUACAUGUGUAACUGAUGACUGGGCGACAGAAAUGUUUAGAUUAUUGACUAAUAUUAAGAUAUCUGUUAAAAUGACCUCACUACUUCGACAUUCUUAAAUGUAAGAGAACAUACUGACCAAUCGGUCACAAGAAACGAGCUUAUGAUGAAAGCAAUUGGUCUAUUUCUUACGAUUUUGUCUCUGACUUUGUCUUUUGUUAAGGAAAGUACUGGCAUAGGUGCUGGCAUAAUAUCGUAUAGACGCGACACCUAGAUAGAAGAAUAAAUAAAACUUGUGGUUUUUUGGAAUGAUUAUUUAUAUUUUUUAAUUUAUUAAUUAAUAGAGCAAAAAUGUACCUAAACUAUGGACUAAUUUUACCUAAUAAAGAGGUAAUGUUGAAGUCUGGCUAUUUUAGGAUAAUAAUGACUUUUAUGUCAUCGACUCCGAAACUUUAUCAAUUUAUGGUCAUGUUUAUCACGCAUGGUCAAACUUAAAUGUCCCAAUCUCUUACUAACACAGUGCUAGCGAUAUACACGCGGCAUGAAUUAAUACGGAACGAGAACAUUAUCAAUUUAUGGUCAUGUUUAUCGCGUAUGAUAAAACAUGUCUUCAUCUCUAACAUAGUGUAAGCGACAUACAGCGCGACAUGAGUUAAAACGGAACGAGACAAUAAUUGUCUAUACAAAAUUGUCGCCAUGUUUAAACGUAUGACGUCAACAUUUUGACAGUUGAAGAAAAUGGCGUCCGCCUUCAAAUUCUACGAUUUUGUGUAUAUGUC